AUGGGCCAGCUGCAGGUCUGGCUUGCUGUCCUGGCUGGGCUCUCCAGCAUGACGGCUCAGGAAGACCUGUACCGAAAAGUGUUUGUCUUCCGGAAGGACCCCAGCGAUGCCUACGUGGUGCUGAGGGCCAAGCUCGAGCAGCCGCUGCAGAACUUCACCGUGUGCCUGCGGUCCUAUACUGAGCUGAUCCGGCCCUACAGCCUCUUCUCCUACGCCACCAAGGCACAGGACAAUGAAAUCCUUCUGUUCAAGCCCAAGCCUGCCGAGUAUCGGUUCUAUGUGGGGGGCAAGUUUGUCACCUUCCGUGUCCCCGAGGGCCGCGGGGGCUGGGAGCACGUCUGUGCCAGCUGGGAGUCAGCCACGGGCAUCGCCGAGUUUUGGCUCAAUGGGAAGCCCUGGCCCCGCAAGGGACUGCAGAGAGGCUACACAGUGGGGGCAGAGGCAGCCAUCCUGCUGGGGCAGGAGCAGGAUGCCUUUGGGGGCAGCUUUGAUGUCUACAACUCCUUCUCAGGCGAGCUGGCCGAUGUCUACCUGUGGGAUGUGGGGCUGUCCCCGAACAAGAUGCGAGCUGCCUACCAGUCCCUACGCCUGCCGCCCGCCAUCCUGGCCUGGAACAGCCUGAGCUAUGAAGUGAAGGGUGAUGUGGUGGUGAAGCCUUGGCUCCAAGAGACACUAAGGCCAUGA